CCUACAUGAUCGACGUCUAAUGAAAAGAAAAUGGCGAUUGUUGGUUAAGGAUUGACGUUUUAAAAUAUGUUUUCAAAGUUCAAAAACAAUUUAUGGUCAGUUUAGGGAGACUGUUUUAAAAAUAUGUGCAGAUACUAAAUAAAUUAUGUGUUAAUUAUGUGGUAGGAUUGACGAAGCUGUAAAGUGAUGACUAGUCAAAAUUCAUCAUUUACACAGAGGUAUCAACCUUAUAUUUUUGAUCAGUAUCGUCAACCGGAUGGCCAAUGGGAAUCAAACAGUGUACCAAACCCUCCAACAGUUCCCGCCAGGGGUAUUAAAAGAAGUACCCCAAGCGAAGUUUCCCGUCCAUAUGAAGAGUCCUCAUGGAUGGCACCACAAGAUAUAUCUCAAAAAAUGGAUAAUAAUACUGUACACGAGUGCAAUUUACUUUUAAGACCCCAAAACAAUAUGAAUGUAAGUCCUGCUGAUAGUAGCAAUUUUCGUAAUCAAAUUGGUAAUAGUGAACAUGAUGUUAAUGUUAAUCGUGUACAGAGCCCUUUGAAAUCAAAUUCAAAAUAUAGUUCCACACCUUGGUUUCAUGGUAAAAUUUCUCGAGAAGAGGCGGAGAAUCUUUUGCGGCCCAGAACUGAUGGAUUAUUUCUUGUGAGAGAGUCUACGAAUUUUCCUGGAGACUAUACAUUAUGUGUAUGUUUUCAAACAAAAGUUGAACAUUAUCGAGUCAAGUCCAGUAGAGACAAGUUAACAAUAGACGAUGAAGAGUUCUUUGAUAAUUUAGAGGAACUCAUAGAACAUUAUAAAAAUGAUGCUGAUGGAUUGUGUACAAAAUUAGUCAAACCAUUGCCAAAAGAAAAUGAAAUAUAUUCAAAUGUUACUAAGUCCGUUUCUAAGGAAAGUGACGACUUGUGUGUCAUUCCAGAACAAGAUUUGGUUAUUUGUGAGCCAAUAGGUAAAGGAGAAUUCUGUGAAGUUAUGUUGGGAAAGUGGAAAAGUAAUAAAGUUGCUGUGAAAGUUCUCAAAGAUUCUAGCGAAGCAGAGGCAAUUUUAAUGAAGUCAUUGCAUCAUGAAAAUUUAGUAAACCUCUUGGGUAUAGUUAGAAAAAAAGAUCAGAUAUAUUUGGUCACUGAAUAUAUGAGCAAAGGCAGUUUGGUGGAUUAUCUGCGUUCUAGAGGCAGACAACAUGUCACGAGGAAAGAUCAAAUAAAUUUUGCAUUUGAUACAAGUUCGGGAAUGGAAUAUUUGGAAAAAAUGCAUGUAAUACACAGAGAUCUUGCAGCAAGAAAUGUUUUAAUAGCGGAAAAUGGAAGAGCUAAAGUAUCUGAUUUCGGUUUGGCAAGAAAUGAAAAAAAUGCUACUUCUGAAUCAGCAAAAUUACCUAUUAAAUGGACUGCACCAGAAGCUCUCAAACAAAAUAAAUUUUCAAAUAAAUCUGAUAUGUGGAGUUUUGGCAUUCUCCUGUGGGAAAUUUAUUCAUUUGGUAGAGUUCCCUACCCAAGAAUACCUUUAGCAGACGUGGUGAAACACGUAGAAAAAGGUUAUAAAAUGGAGGCUCCAGAGGGUUGUCCACCAGAGGUGUAUGAAAUUAUGAGACAGGCGUGGGACUUAAACCCCGACAAAAGGCCAAAUUUUCAUGAAGUAAAAUCGAAGCUAGGACAUCUCAAACAGCAGACAGCAUUGUGAAAUGAAUUGUAGUAUACAAAAGUUAAUAGUGUAUGUUUUGAGUGAAUGUUGAUGCACAGAGUGUGAUAUGCAUGGUAUUUUACACAUAAUUUAUCAUUUGAGUAAUCUAAUCAUUCAUCAUACAGUUAUUUCAGUAAAUCAUAAAGGUUUAAAUUGUGCAAUUAAUCUCUUGUAUGUGGUGUGGUCCAGUAAUGUUGUUUUUUUUUAUGUCCGUACUCUCUAAAGAAAUUUGUAAUUUAUUUAAUAAAGAAAUUAUUUAUCAUACUUAGUUUAGGUUUUUUGUAAAUUUUCAAUUAAAUACAUAUGUACAAUUUUUUGCUUGUUUUCUGAUUGUACCUAGUGACUUUUGUAUUGUUUAAUUGUAUUAAUAAUUGUAUAUUUUUUUAUUUGUAUCUUUGAGU